CAAACUCAAAACCGUCACGAUUUGUCAAUAUUCACAGAACUUGUGUGACAAAAACCUACACAGUACAACCCUAGACACACACCACCCCCAGCUCUCUCUCCUACACACUCCCUGACAUCCACUCCCCACGCUGCGCCGCCGCCGUCCAUGGCCUCCGGCUUAGCUGCCGCCGUUUGAUUGUUUUCGCCAUUGAAACGGCCUUGAUUUUCUGUGACCAGUGCUAACGCCUUUCUCUUCCGCAUUGAAAUAGGAUCAGUCAUUCUCAGUAAUCAGACCUUAACUUAGAGCUCACUGAGAAUGACGGAGUCUGAGUUUUCCGUUGAUGAUCACCAAGCUGACAUUGGACCUCCCAAGUCGCACUGGAAGACGCCGCCUCAGGCUACAGGUGAGAUUUCGUCACCGGCAGCGGCAGCGGAUUCUGAUUCCUGGCCCGCGCUUUCAGAUGCUAAGCAGCGGCUCAAGGGUAACAACUCUGGUUCUAGUUCCUCCAAGUCGUUGCCUCCGGCGAGUGAAAGGAAGACAGCUGACGCUUCUCCACCUCCACCUCCUGUUCCGGGCUCUGUUGAGAACAGGAAGUUUCAGGGUCACGCCAAUGGUAAACAUUCACACAGGCAGUUUUCUGCACGUCAACCAAAAGCAGGGCCAAGACACAGGCCAAAUGGUGCACCCCCGUUUCCAGUUCCUAUAACAUAUCAUCAACCAGGGUUUCAUCCAGUCUAUCCUCCCAUGGUAUCUGUUCCACACUUUCAAGUCCCAGGGUAUGCUUACCAGCAUCAUGUCCGAGGCUCUUUUCCAAUUAGUGAAGGUCAUAUGGUUAAGCCUGGUUCCAAUAUUGCAACUCAGGUCUUUGUUCCACCAGGAAAAGGUAGUAGCCUUGAGUCCCCAUUACUAGGUGAUCAGAACCCCCAUGAUCCCAAAUCAUUCAUGGGAAGACCAAAUAAGCAUGAACACAGUGUGCAAUCCAAAUCAGCAUCGCCUAAUUUGCCUCCAAUUGCGUCCAAAGACAACAUUCAGCCACAACCAAGCAUGGCUCAUAGGCCAUUCAUGAGACCUCCAUUUUACAGUCCAGCUCCUUCAUUUGUUGAUGGAGCUAAUUUUCAGGGACCUCCGGGAGCUAUAUAUUAUCUUCACCAUCCACCUCCCAUUGGUGUCAGAGUGCCUUACCCACCUCACUUUCUCCCGCCUCCAAUCCCUGGAACUCGGAUGCCACCUUCUCCAAUAUCAACUUUGAAAGCUAGUAUAGUAAAGCAAAUUGAGUACUAUUUCAGUGAUGCAAAUUUGCAGAGUGACCACUACUUGCUCUCUUUAAUGGACAACCACGGCUGGGUACCAAUUUCUAUUAUUGCGGACUUUAAAAGAGUUAAGAGCAUGAGUACUGAUAUACCAUUUAUCCUGGAUGCCUUGCAGGGUUCAAGUUCAGUUGAAGUUCAGGGUGACAAGGUGAGGAGACGUGAUGAGUGGUUCAAAUACAUCCGAGCUACUCCUGAUCAGAAGUCAUCCCCUCCAGUUCCGACUCCCCAGGAGCAAUCUAGGGAACAGGCUGUCUGUGAUUUGAAGAAAAAUGAGCCUAAUGAACAAACACAAGACAACCUUGUUAUGAAUACUUCACUCGAUAAUGGAGUACCAUUUGAACCACCAUCAGUAGUUGUCCAAGAACAAAAUGUCCUGGUUGGUAAUGGUACAGUGGAUAUGGGAAAGAUGACACAACUUCUUGAUGUAGUAUCUCAUGCACAAAGUGGUGAUAUUACCUCACAAUCUAGUAGAAAUGAUAAAACAAAUUCUGUUGAUAUUUCUAGUGGGCCUUCGUUUGCAGAAGAAAAUGCAGACUCAGAUGGCUUACAGAGUCCUCAUGACCAGGUAUCUUCAGAUAUAGCUGCAAAGAACAUGGAUGACUUGUCUCAUGAUUUCUCAAGCACUUUCAUGCUUGACGAAGAGCUAGAACUUGAGCAUAAAGCAGCAGUAAAAGACAAUAUGCCUUUAACCGAAAGAGUUGAUGAUGAGGAUGAUGAGAUGGUAAUCAAUGAUGAGGAGGAUAUUGAGAAACUUGUUAUUGUUACCAGGAAUACUCAAUUCCGGAGAGAGUCUGGUACCAUUGCGAUAGAAUCCAAUCCGAUAUCCAGUGAGCUUGCUUCUGCAAUAAAUGAUGGCCUCUACUUCUAUGAGCAGGAGCUCAAGGCUCGACGAUCUAAUCCCAGAUCUUUGAACUCAAAUAAUGAUUCUAUAGAUGAGUGCUCUAAAUCAUCGGGUGCUACAGCUUCUAUGAUGAAAUCUACUGGUGAGCAUUCUUUUGAAGGCAAUGGUUAUGAAGGAUCUGACAACUCAAAUUCUCGACGGAGACAAACCAAAGGAUUCUCUAAACAGCAUUCAGUAUAUAAACAGAGGCUCUUUACUGGCAACGUGAAAAGUCAUAGAACUAGUUGGAGUGGACCUGGUUUAAUCUCUGAAAGUCCGCCCUGUGAUUCAGUUGGUUUUUUCUUUGGUUCUACGCCUCCUGACAGUCAUGGGCCCAGGCAUUCGAAGUGCACUGCUUCUCCUAGGGGCAAUCUUUCAGGCAGCAGUCCUCCAGUUGGCUCAAUGCCAAAGCCAUUUCCGCCCUUCCAGCACCCAAGUCAUAAACUUCUGCAGGAAAAUGGUUUCACACAACAGCUGUACAAGAAGUAUCACAAGCGCUGUCUUGGUGAGCGCAAAAAACUUGGAAUUGGAUGUAGUGAGGAAAUGAAUACACUAUACAGGUUUUGGUCAUAUUUUCUAAGGAAUAUGUUUAUACGGUCUAUGUAUAAUGAAUUCCGGAAGUUGGCACAAGAAGAUGCUGCUGCUAAUUACAACUAUGGAAUGGAGUGCCUUUUUAGGUUCUAUAGUUAUGGCUUGGAGAAGGACUUUAGGGAGGAUCUUUAUGACGACUUUGAAAAGUUGUCACUUGACUUCUACAAUAGAGGAAACCUCUAUGGCCUUGAGAAAUAUUGGGCAUUUCACCAUUACCGUGAAGCGCGAGAUCAGAGAGCAGCAGUGCCGCUGAAGAAAAAUCCAGAAUUGGAUAGACUGCUGAGAGAAAAAUAUCGUAGUAUGGAUGACUUCAAGCAGGCCAAGGAGAAGAUUGCUUCCCCCUGAGAAGAGAAUUAAAAAUGCGUAUCUUAGCUGUAGACCUGACAUUGGCUAAAACAACUCAGAAAAAGGUGGUGGUGAUGGUGCUGCUGCUAACAGUUUAUGAAAAUGAGCAAAAGCCAGCAUUGCUGAUUUUUGUACAUAUAGAGUAUUUAUGGGUUUGAAUUUUACCCGGUUUUUUAGGGAAAGAGCAGCAAAAGAGUUUUGAGCUUAGAAGAGGUUUCAUUACCCAGUGGUGGUGUGCUUUUGCGCAUUUGUUUUGCCCAAACUUUUUGAGGCAGCUCUAGAGAUGCACCCAUUUUCUUUCUAUCGUUUCCUAACUUGUAUAUAACAAAUAAUAGUAGAGAUGGAAAAAAAGUAUGACUUAAUGGUUAUUAAUCCGUCUGUUCGUUUAGUUCAUCUA